AUGGAGUUUCUGACGAACCAUUCUUCGACUGUGAACUCAACUACAGUGAUUGGUGCCAUCAAGGCGCUCGACUACGUUAGCCUGAAAUCGGCUGUUCAUUCUCUUUGGCAACAAACUCCCUGGUGGCAGAUAGUUGCCAUUACCCUGGCUAUUGUUGUGGCCUACGACCAGAUAGCCUACCAGAUAUACAAGGGAUCAAUUGCUGGUCCGCGUUUCAAAGUCUGGCCCGUUAUUGGCCCAUUUUUGGAGUCUUUGGACCCUAAGUUUGAGGAGUACCAGAGCAAAUGGGCUUCCGGACCCUUGUCCUGUGUUUCGAUUUUCCACAAGUUUGUUGUGAUUGCCUCCACCAGAGACCUUGCUAGAAAGAUCUUCCAAUCGCCAAAGUAUGUCAAGCCGUGUGUUGUUGAUGUUGCCGUGAAGAUUUUGAGACCAUCCAAUUGGGUCUUUAUGGACGGUAAGGAACACUCGGAAUAUAGAAAGGGACUGAACGGGCUGUUUACGAAAAGCUCUCUGGAGCUGUAUCUCCCAGACCAAGAGAAAAUUAUGGACAAAUACAUCAAUUUGUUUGCAGACAUGACCAAAGACGAGCCAAGUGUGUUCUUCCCAGUGUUCAGAGAGGUGAUGUGUGCGAUUUCUCUGAAGACGUUCUGCGGCGAUUACAUUACCAAUGCUCAAAUCAAGGAAAUUGCUGACAAUUACUAUUUAAUUACCGCUGCCUUGGAGCUUGUCAACUUCCCUAUCAUCAUUCCUUACACCAAAACCUGGUACGGAAAGAAAAUCGCUGAUAUGACGAUGAAAGUUUUUGAAGGGUGCGCACAGAUGGCCAAGGACCACAUUGAUGCCGGUGGAAAGCCAAAGUGUGUCAUGGAUGCCUGGGUGAAGGUCAUGAAGGAGGCCAGAGACAGCAAAGACAAACAGUCUUUGGAUGCCAAGAUUUUGAUUAGAGAGUUUUCCAACAAAGAGAUCUCCGAGGCCGUGUUCACCUUCCUGUUUGCUUCCCAGGACGCUUCUUCCUCUCUUUGUUGCUGGCUUUUCCAAAUUGUUGCUGAUAGACCAGACGUUCUGAAGAAGAUUAGAGAGGAACAGCUCAGAAUUAGAAACGGAAACCCAUACGAGCCUCUGACCGGUAAGCUGAUUGACGAGAUGAAGUAUACCAACAUGGUUGUCAGAGAGACGUUGAGAUACAGACCACCGGUUCUUAUGGUUCCUCACGUUGUGAAAGAGGCCUACCCUGUCAGCGAAAACUACACUAUUCCUAAGGGAGCCAUGGUGGUGCCAACAUUGUACCCAGCUCUGCACGACCCAGAAGCUUACGAGAAUCCUGACGAGUUUGUGCCGGAGAGAUGGGAAGAGGGUUCGCCUGCGUGGGCCGCCACGAAGAAUUGGCUUGUUUUCGGUACCGGUGUGCAUAGAUGUCUGGGACAAACGUACGUGCUCAUGACGUUUACUGCUUUCAUCGGAAAGGCUGCUAUGUUCCUGGACUUUGACCACAAGGUGACGGAAUUGAGCGAGCAGAUCAAGGUGUUUGCCACCAUCUUCCCUAAAGACGACGUGAUCAUGCAAUUCAGACGCAGAGACCCUACCGUGGUUGAGUAG